AUGGACAAGUUUAUAACAAUAAACGGAAAAGGAGCAAAAGAAAAUGCAGUCGAAUGCGUGUGUUCUUCGGAAAGCGAAGAAGAACGUGGUGGCAAAAAAGCACGUAUUAAAAUAUCUUCAGUAUGGAAAUAUUUUAAUAAGUCGGAUGACAAAAAACUGGCAAAAUGUGUUAAAUGUGCUCGUGAGUACAAGACUAGUGGCAACACUACAAAUUUAAGAGACCACUUAAAAAGGAUGCAUCCAAAUAUUGAAAAAGACGAAGAUGAGUUUUCAACAACUUCGUCAAGCUGUCGCACAAGUUCUCGAAAAGCUGACAUUGACGUUGCACUAGCAAGUUUGAUUGGUGAAGGAAUGCAACCAUUUAAUCUAGUUGAGGAUACUACUUUCCGCAACUUCGUCAAAGUCUUGGAUCCCAGAUAUGUGUUGCCGUCCAAAAAUACAUUGAAAAAUGCUUUUGUGAAGAAUAUGUAUAACGAAAAAAAAAUCAAACUUCAAGAACAUUUGAAUGCAGUUGAGCAUGUGGCAAUCACUACGGAUCUUUGGACGUCUGCCGCAAAUGAAGCAUUUAUAACAUUGACAUGUCAUUUUAUCGAAGAAUCGUUUGUGUUGAAGAAUGCUGUACUGCAAACAAAAAAAUUAAAUGACGUUUUGAACCACAAUGCACAAAACAUUGCAAAUACAGUUUCUGAUGUGCUAAAAAAGUGGAACAUUUUUAAUAAGGUUAUCUGCAUCGUUACUGACAACGCAAAAUCAAUGUUAAACGCAUGUGAUAUAUUGAAAAUUGCACACUUACCUUGCGUUGCACAUACUUUAAAUCUCGCUGUGCACGACGCUUUGAUGCUGAAGGCGGAGGAUGGAUAUUUGAAGCCUAUUAUAACAAAAUGUAAAAAUAUUGUACACUUUUUCAAAUGCAGUUCUAUUGCGACUGAAAAAUUGAAAGAAGCGCAAAAUACACCAACACCAUUGAAAUUGAUUCAGGAUAUGCCCACAAGAUGGAACAGCACAUAUAAUAUGCUAGAGAGAUUGUUAACUUUACACGAUGCUGCCGCUAUUGUUCUUUUAGCUAUAGGUAAAGCUCCUCCACCUCUUUCUGCUGAUGAAAAAAAUUGUGUACGCGAAAUAGAAAAUCUGCUUCGUCCUUUCAAUGAAGCUACAAAAACUUGCUGUGGGAACAAUGUCACCUUGUCUUUGAUAAUACCCAUUGUGUAUGGCCUGUAUCAAAGGAUGUAUGAAACUAAAUGCCAAAUAGAAACAAUUGAAGCCAUAACUCUAUGCGAAAACUUAAUUGAAGGACUGAGAAAGCGAAUGUUUCAAUAUGAAACACGAACUGCUCCACGAUUGGGGUCACUUCUCGACCCUCGGUUCAAGCGUGAAGGAUUUAUUUCUAGCAGCAACGCAGAACAAGCAACCAUUCGCUUAGAUAAUGAAGUUAUGAGUCUUCUCGAAAAUGAACCGCCAUCUUCAACUAAUAAUGCACCACCAAAAAGUGUUUCUCUUUUCGCAUUUAUAGAGAAGAAAAAUGCGGAGAAAAUAAAGUCGAAGAAAGCGGAUGCCAUCAUUCUCAGGCGUCAAUAUUUACAAACAGAAAAUACGGCAGAAGAUUCAAAUCCUUUAGAUUUUUGGAAGAAUCGCCUUCGAAUAAGUGACGAUGUCUCACAGGCUGAUGUUGUGACUAGUACAUCUUCGGCUUUGCCAUUGGAAAAUAGUGAAACGAUCAAUGAAUGGUUGAAUUGUGACGAAAAUGAUUGUGGUUAUGAGCUUUUGACUGGCGAACAAAUAAUUAAUGAAGUGAAUGAUGAAGAAGAAAAUAAUGAUGAUUACGAUGGAACAGAUAACAAUAUUGAAAAUGGUCACAAUCCUACUGCUUCAUUUCUAAGACAAGAAGCCAAAAUUGCUGCAUCAAAUUUAGAGAAAUUUAGCGCCUGGUAUGAAAUGCAAGAUGAAGCCGGCUUGGCUGACACGAUUCGUUUGCGCCAAUUUCUUCUUUUCGCAAAGAAUAAAACUCAAGUCACUCCAAAGCAAAAGACACUAACUGAAUUCUUUUCAAAAACAAACUAA